AUGAGUGAUUCUGGAGAGAAUGUUAAAUAUAAAUGGACACCUGAAAGCACUUCAUUGUUAGUGUCAGUAUGGUCAGAUAAACAAGUGCAAAAACAACUUGAAUAUACUUCGAAACCACAACUUAUUUGGGAAAGUGUUGCACGGUAUAUGAAGAAGAAAGGGUAUAAUGUUUCGGGUAAACAGUGUCGAUCUCGAAUGAAGCAGGUUUUAGUUUGUUAUCGUGAAGCUAAAAGAGCUGGUACUCGAGCUGGUGUAGAGCAAUAUUAUGAGUUAAUAGAUAGAGUUCUUAAAAACAAACGUAUGGAAGGAAAUAAUAUUGGCAUAGAUACUGUAGAUGCAAUGAUAAAUGUUAAGUCGCCUCCAAAAGAAAUGAAAACAAAUAAGAAUUUACAAAUGAGACAUAAGUUUCAAGACCAUGUACCAACACUUCAUCGCACAGAGGCAUUAUCACCUACUUGGACAUUAGGAUGUGAUAACGAAUAUCCUGAUUCACCUGAAUCAAAUGAAACUAUAAUAGCACAACCAUGUAGAGUCUUUUCUCCCACAAAGGAUGUAGCUAUUAAUACUCGUGAAAAGUUGAUUCAAAUAGCAGGAAAGUCAACACAAUGCAAUAUUCUUCCAGUUGAACAUCCGCUACAUAUAAACUAUAAACAAAAUUUAUUAUCAAGUUAUAACUAUGGAGAAAUACCCUUCCAAAAUACUGUACAAAAUGUGCAAAAUCAAAUAAUUCAGGAGAAUAUGCAACAAAAUCAAAAUUUGCAACAGAAUCACAUGUAUAGUCAACAAAACAUGUUAGCAAAUAAUUUUAAUCAACAAAAUUUACAAAACUUAAAUCAAGGUAUAACAGCACAACCUAUAAAUGUGCCAAUGCAAAUUAAUUCAAUGGCAAUGCAAAAUCCUAAUUUGAAUCAUAUAAUUCAACAACAAAAUCAAUUACAACAAAUGACGCAUGUAAAUAAUCAUGCAGUGCCUCAAGAACCACGAAAAAUGAUGUUAGAACAAAAUUUUGCAGGUACAUACAAACAGCAAUAUGAUAGUUUAUUAACUCAUAUGCCUGCAAUAGUAAACAUAAAACAAACUGAGUCUCAAUCUCCAGAUUAUUCACCAGAUGUAUCUCAAAAUUUAAAUGAUGCUUUUUGCCAAUCAAAGAAUGAUGAAAAAACACAUAGUUUAAAUGAAACUUAUAACAGAAAUAUGCAAGCAGCAAAUCCACUAGUAAUGCAAAAUUCUGAGAUCUCUGUAAUGACAAACAAUGCAACAUAUAAUGAUGACAGUCUACUGGAAUUUUCGAUAGAUUCACCAACUCCAUCAGAAAAUAAUAACAAAUCGAAAGAUGUGCCUGUUAAUACAAAUAAUAUUCCACAUGUGCCAUUAAGGAAAAAGAAAACACAAAAACUAGAACAACUUGUUUUAAGUGCUAUUAAUUCUCAAAAUGAAGUUGUUAAUAAGAUUCUUACUGCACAGAAUGAUAUGGUAACGAAAUUCAUAAAUAUAGAUAGAGAUCGUCAAAAUAGACUUGAAAAUCGUUUGGAUGAUUUAUUAAAAGUUGUUCAUGCUUCUGUGGUUACAAAACAAACUUCAGAAACAGAUGUUGAACUACCUCCGCCACCAACAGAACCUACAAUAACAUCUUUAGCACCUCCUCCUAGGCCUGGAGCUGCUCCUCCAAAAUUAGAUCUAGUUCCUCCAAAACCUUGUCGUGUACCUUGUACAGUGGCAAAUUCUAACAUUGAAUUAAUCAAUCAAAAUACUGUAACAACAAGGCCAGGCGUUGUUUCACCGGUAACUAGUCCAAUGAAAAAGCCUGGCACUAUAUGGUCAAAAUUAGGCCCAGUAUCACAAUCUCCUUUUGUAAAAGCUCAACAACGAUUAGGCUUCCAACCUAUUGUAACUACAGGAAUACGCACUCAAUCCUCUGCGGAAAGACGUAUAACUAGGGAACUUGAAAAAGCUAUGGAUACUGAAACGUUAAUAUAUGAAACUAAAAAGUUUUUAAAUAUCGAAAAGCAAUUAGAGGAGAAAAUACAAAAUGCUCAUCUUGAAGCAACAAUAAGCAAGACUUUACAUACUCGUAGAAGAUUAUUUACACAAAGAGAACCUACUGCAGCAAUGAUACUAACUGCAACAUUUUUAGAGAAUGAAUGCCGGACUUCGGAACAACUUAAGAAUUGCAAUGACAUUUUAAAUAUUAAUGACAAAAAUUUAAAAAAUAUCGAUGAUCACUUAUUAUCAGGUCAAGGAGAAAGCUAUGAGCGCUUGAGGCAAUUAAAUGUACAGCCUGCUUAUGUACAUGAUAAACCGAGUGAUACAUCUACACCAGCAAAAUUAGGGACCAUUUUUAAUAAUAAUGGAAAAACAUCUGCAACUGUACCAAAACAAACAAUUCAACAAUUAUCACAGCUAGUGAUGAAUACAGGAAGGUGGAAAGAUAAUGGAGUACAAAAUGGAGCACAAAAUCAUGGACAUGCAAUUCAAUCAAAUGCCCAAAAAUAUCAAAUAGACACACAAAAUAGAUGUCCAGAUUCUUAUAACGAGGCACUUGUAGUAGAACAGCCUAUAUCCAUACCCAAAGAAAAUCAAACAAAAAAUGAUCAAAAUCAUAUUCGUGACUGGAUGUUGAGCAAAUAUAAAGAUCCAAUAAAUGAACAGAAAAUGACAUAUAGUUCAUCAUGCAAUGUAAUAAAUCAAAAGCCUAAUUAUCCUAUAGGUUUCACAAAUGCGGCCUUCGACACUAAACAUUUAAAAGGAAAAGACUCCAAUAGUGAAGUAUGCAGGCCCAUUGGAUAUAAUACUGUACCAGAUCGUAAACAAAGUGUACGUUUCAUGGACGAAGCACUGGCUGAAUUACAACGCAUGUAUAUUGAAACAGUAGCUAAAGAACAAGAAAUGAAUGAUAGUUUACCAUAUGUAAUAGAUAAUGGUAAUACGCUUUCGCUUCAAAAUCAACAAAUGAUUGAAAGAUAUAUCCAUGAAAUAGUUCCAAGAAAGCAGCUGAAAGACAGAGACACUGAUUCUGAUAAUGAUGAAUUUUUGGAUACUACUACUACUAUGCCUGUAAUUGCUCCACGUCGAAGUUCUCUUACGUCAACUGGUACUGCAUCCACUGAAACUGCACAUUCCACAAAAUUUAUGAAACCAGACAAUUGCAUAAUAAGUUAG